AUGGCCAACAAAAAUAUUUCAACUUUGGAGGAAGAUGUCAUCGCACUGCACAAGGUCAAUGAAACUUUCUUCAAUGUUUGCUUCAGCUCACCACCCAAUAUGGAAUUUGGUGGCAACUGGGAUGAUGUCUUUAAAUCUCCGGUGCCGCUAACUGGCAUACUGCUUGGACCUUCAAUCAAAGACAAGUCUGGCAAAGAAUCCUUGUUUCCACUCCUCAGUCAAGAUGCGAUUGGCACGGCAUCGGUGUUUGGUUACGCUUUUUUCAUGUUUCUAACAGGGGUGAAAAUGGAUGUAGGCAUGAUAAAGAAAACAGGACACAAAGCUUUAACAAUUGGUAUUUUGUCACUUGUAGUGCCCAUAAUAUGUGGCUUGUUAACCGCCUUUGCUUGCGCAUAUGUCUUCAAGGAAGAAGAAGAUGACAAGGUUUUUUUUGUGGCAGCGACGCAUUCUCUGACUUCAUUUGCAGUUGUUUCUAGCCUUCUUCAGGACCUCAAACUCCUAAAUUCGGAACUAGGCCGGUUGGGACUAUCUUCCGGCCUGGUCAGUGACAUGAUCAAUGUGAUUGCAACAAGUACUGCUAGCUUUAUCAGAGUUUCCAUGGGAACCGGACAACCAAUAUACAAAAUUUACGGGGACAUUUUCUCACUUAUUGCCUAUAUUCUUGCGGUAGUGUUCAUCAUUCGUCCUGCCCUGUUUUGGAUUGUGAAACAUACACCAGCAGGCAGGCCUGUUAAGGAUGUGUACAUAUAUGCCAUCUUUCUAAUGGUUCUGUUGUCUGGCGUUCUUUCUGAUAUGUUUGACCAAACUGUGCUUUUAGGUCCUUUCAUUUUGGGUUUGGCAGUUCCAGAUGGACCACCAUUAGGCGCUGCUAUAGUGAAAAAGUUUGAUUGGUUUUUCUCUGGAGUUUUCACGCCACUAUUUGUGACUAUAUGCGCAAUGAAGGCUGACCUUUCGUCCAUCGGAGAUGAUCGUAAAUUGUUAACGCUGGACAUUGUCCUUCUGGUGGUAACUUUUUUGUCCAAAGUAAUGGCCAGUUUUGUACCAUCUUUGAUUUGCAAGAUGCCCUUCAAUGAUGCUCUUGCAAUUGGUUUCGUAAUGAGCUCCAAGGGCGUAGUUGAGUUGGCAUCAUACUCCUUAUUCCAUGACUAUAAGACUAUUGAUGAUCAAACUUUCGCGGUGCUGCUCGUUAGUGUUCUGAUUAUAGCAAUACUGGUGCCUAGCAUGGUUAACUACUUGUAUGAUCCUUCGAGGAAAUAUGCAGGCUACCAGAAAAGGAACAUCAUCGAUAUGAAACCGAAUGCUGAGCUCCGAAUACUUGCAUGUAUUCACUCACAAUACGAUGUUGCUCCUGUCAUCAACCUUCUUGAUGUUUCAUGUCCAACUGGAGGGAGUCCAAUUUCUGUCAAUGCCCUUCACCUUAUUGAGCUUGUUGGCAGAGCCUCCCCUGUUUUCAUUGCCCACCACAUUCAUGAAAAGGUUACAUUUAACGUUCACUUUAGCGAAAAAGUCAUCGGCCCCUUCAACCAGUAUCAACUCAACAAUCAAGGCGCUGUAUCAGCAAACAUAUUUACAGCAAUCUCACCAUCCAACAUAAUGCAUGAGGAUAUAUGCACACUAUUGGAAGUAUAG